UACAGAGAAGAUGUUUAUGUACUAUUAAUUUAUUGUAAUGGGUUGUAGUUUGUUUGAAGUCUUAUAAUUUUGUGUCUUAUUCAUUGCUCUAAAAUGAGUCCUACAAAAACAAGAAAGAGUAUUGCUCCAAAAAACAUUUUAUAUGAACUUAUGCUAUACACAGAAUGGACCCAAGAAUCAGACAUAGCCAAGUCGUUGUAUAAAGUUAGUGAGGAAAAUGUGUCUUUCAUAUACAAACUGUCAAGACCAUGGACCUAUUUUAAAAAGUGUGACUCAUUACUGGAUGAAAUAACCAACUUUCAAGGCAGUCUCCUAAGCUGGAACUUUACCAUUGGAGAGGUUGGGUCGGUGCUGGCAAUCCUGCAAGAUUCAAUUUUGGAAGUCCGAACUCCCAGAGAUGACUUUUCUUCAGUUGUUGGAAAAACCACUGUGGCUCGUGAAGGCAGUCCCCAAUGGCGAAGGUUAUGUUGGAGUCCGGACUGCACUGUUCUAGCGAUCGCGUCCUGCAACGGAGGUGUCAACUUUUACGAUCUUUUCGGCAGCAACUUGUUCAAUAUCCCUCCAACAAAGAAUGUCAAAGAUUCUCAGGUUUGGAUGCCUGAACAUAGUCUGGCGGGAAUGUUCUUCAUUCCCGCAAGGGCAAAAAAGGAAAAAUGGCCUUACGAACUGAUCUUGGUGGACUAUGCAGGAGAGCUCCGCAGCUAUCACGUCUCCACGGACAGCUUCACUGAGUACCAUCACUUUAGUUUCAGUAAAGGCGGAGUUUCUUCCGUCUGCUGGGACAAUGUCCACAACUUACUCUAUGUUUGUACACCACCAGAACACGGCAACCUAGAUCUCAAGACAGAGCCAGUUGGAUGGGGUCUGAGUGCUUGGAGAUUACUUAAUGAUCACCCCUACUAUAGACGUGUGGUUCCAUCGCCGGAAGAUCUUGGAAGAAUAGAGUCUCGGAAAGGCCUUAUGUCUUGGUUCUCGUCCCUCUAUAAAUAUCACCCUUUUAGUGUGGUAUUUAAAAUGGCCAUUUGUCCUGAGUCUCAGCUGCUAGCAUGCCUUCACACCUGUGGAUCCAUCUCCGUGUGGCAUUUACCAUCCCUCAGGUUGCGAGGGGUUUGGUCUCUUAGAGAGCAACCUGGUUAUGAUGUCCAGCCUGAUGACGACAGUAUCCGCAGUUCUCAGCCGCAAAACUUUCUACCCGUAGACAUCAGCUGGUGGCCACAACAGAAAGUUAUGAUAGCAAGAGGUAACGGUGCUAUAAGCGUUUGUGACCUGGAGGAGUUACGCAACAUGCUCGGUGAGAAGCCGGAGUUUGUCUGCGGAGAGCCGAGACUAUCACCGUCAACCUCGCAGAAAGGAGUGCUAGUCUUGGAAUGUGAAACAGGCAAUGGUCAGGAUGCCAACGAGGUGGAAGAAGAAGAACAGUCAAUGUUCUCAACUGUGCUCUACUGGCUGACGGACAUGGAGAGGUUUCAGCCUCGGAGACGUAGAGCUCGGUCUCAACAGAAGAUCUAUCGGUUGAGAGGCAUCAAGAGCACCACUCCCGAGGAACUGUUCUCUCGCAAGAUAAAUGCAAAAGAGUUUGAGGAGGCACUUCACCUGGCAGAAGUGUAUGGACUAGACUGUGACAGAGUCUAUCAGAGUCAGUGGCACAACAGUCCGGUAACAGAAGAGACCAUCACAGCUUAUCUGAGCAAGAUCAGUAAGAGAGGAUGGGUGUUUGAGGAAUGCCGCGAAAGAGUCCCUGACACCCUCAGUGCUGCCAGGAAAUUGACGGAGUUUGGACUCAGAAUCACUUCUCUCUCCUCACUGGCUGAGCUUAGUGACAAUGACACAAUCACUGAUGAUACACAACUGAUGAUGAAGGAACUGAUGUCGCUUCCAGCUGAGGAGCUGACUGAUGAUCAGAAAAGUUUGAUCCUCACUAGACGAACGUUGCUCAAGUUUUCAGACAGAUUGUUUACUUAUGAGAAGAUUAUCAACUCGUCUGAGGUUGAUUACGACCGGGAGGCGUACGACAGGUUCCGUCGGCAGCCAGUAGCACAGUCUGCGCUGGAGUACGCUCGUCGCUCCGACCACCACGCAGUCGCUUUGCUACUAACACACCACGGACCUGAAACUCAGCCCUACUGGCUGUCCAUACUGUCUAACUUCCCAGAGACUACCGACCCAGGCUCUUACAAGGACCUGCUUCCAGAGUGUUCAGUCAAUGGAGAAGUGUUCCAAUGGGAGGAGAAAGAAAUAAGAGGAAGAGACUGGAGUGAAAACGAACACUUUGCUUUUCUGGAGCGAGUAGAGGACAGCUUGCUUGCGCCGGACGGACCUAUGACCCCUGGAGUGGUGGAGGAGUGGUUCCGCAAUCGAGUGUACGAGCUGGAACUCAUGAGUAACAUGGUGGACCAGCCUCUGCAACUGGUGCGGCUGGCGAGAGAGCGCAACAUCAAGGGACUGGACAGUUUGUACAACGAGCUGGUAACGCUGGACGUUCUCAUUUACGAUGUUGGAAUGGAGAACAUCACACUGAGGGAUCUAGAGAUCAUGACUCCAUUGCAGCAGGCUCAAGCUCUCAUGAGUCAGUCGAACGAGGACAACUUUGUGGAGCACAUGAGACACAGGUUGUUGCCGUAUUUGCAGCGCUGUGAGAAGCUCCGGCCAAACUCUCGGAGAAAUCUACUGUCUCAGUUCCUCGCUCAGAUAAGCAUCGGAGAUCUCUCUCGGCCUUUACAGAUGUUUGCCCACUGUAUAGCCGAGCCACACUCUGGAUUGGUAGAAAGCACUGAGGAACUGAUCAGUAUGGCACUGGACUCUGUGUACGGCUACACAGGCACGGAUCAGCUGGCGAAGGCAGACACCAUCUUGAAGAUACUUCCUGUCAACUCUCUUGGGUUGAGUGAGGCAGGAUUGAGUGAGAGGGUGCAAGCGGCCCGAGAAGAGUUGAAAGUCGCCCAAAUACUGAAGGGACGAGGACAUCAGAUGAGCUUGUCAUCUGUUCGAGCUCUGAGACAAGAUGUUGACACAGCCAAGUCCCUACUGGUUCGGCUCACUUCUGCUGUUGGGACAAAAGUGCCCGUUGCAGAAGAAGCGGAUUGGAAUCAACUUCUGCAAGAUCUUCUGCAGAUGCAGAAACUAGUCUUGACAUGCAUUCCCCUGCAAAUGUGCUAUGAGGUUCAUGUAGCGGGACUGUUGGCCAGUGACAGUCUGUCCGUGGUGCGUUCGGCUGUGCGCUCGAUGUGCUGCCAUCGUGAGGAGCAAGGCCGCAAGCCUCUGCCACUCGAGCGCAGCGUGGCGCUCGUGCUGCAAGCUGCCACCCAUCACUUUGACUCUGCAGAGACACUCACUGAUCACCAGAUCAGCUUGGCUAGAGGCUGUUUAAACAUAAUAACGGAUGAUAACGCAGAAAUUCAAGAGGAAAAGGACUUGAUUGCGGGGCUCCAGCUUCUCAAUGAAUUCAAAAUCAGUAUACUCCCAGUGCAGGUUAGACUGUGCAAGGAGCGAAUGCAGCUGAUAGAGUCCUGCUUGACGUCACGGCCAACGUCUUACAAGGAUUAUCACAAGUUGUUGUCUCUGGCUCACAAGCUGAGGAUCUGCGGAAAUGACUCACGACUGCGGGAAGGCACUAUACUACUGCGAGUUGCCAACAUUGCAUUCCAGGCCAAGGAUUACCGCCAUUGCGCCGAGGUGUGUCAACAACUGAUGGACCGGCGCCAUGCUGUAGGAUGGGAGGCUUGCGCCAGACUGGGGCAAUGUGCUGACUAUGAAGACAUCAGCACGAGGCAAACGUUGACAGCCUUCGCUCUGAUACACUGCCCAGAUGAAAACCUGCGGGAGCUGAUUGAGACUAGGUGCGAACUAGAACAUAAACGACUACAGAUUUUUAUUCACAAUCAAACCUCAAAAACAGAAACUCCUGAAGAAGAAGAAGAAGAAUACACUGAUGCAGCUAGCUCACCUCAAGUUCAGUCCAAGGAGUUUCUUCCUCUGGGGCUGUCAUCCACCCUUCAAACAACAUCCAAACUUCUCAGUCAGUUCACUAAUACUGGCUUUUGGAGGGAUAAACUUUUGAAUAGAGGAGAUGGAUCAGCGAGGGAGGCAGACAAUCGGACACGUGGAGACAUGUCAAAGCAGGGGUUCCCAGAUCUGUACGCCAGCCUGCACGCAGACUGCCACGAGAGCUCUCUGUACACAGAACCUGACGCAGAGGAGUGGCGAGAGCUGCGGCUGGUACAGACCGUGCUGCGUGCGUCACUCUUGGAACAGGAGAAACUGCCAAAACAUCUCCUGCGAGAUAUGGAUGACGUGUUGACUCAGUUGGCAGCCCUUGUUAUGCCGGAGGAUUCGUGUGUUGGGUUGGCUACACUGCUUGCGGUUGGCAAGCCAGAAGCUUGUGACCAAUGUUUCUCCCGUCUUCCCCACACUCUACUCACUCUACAACUCGCUGUGUAUCUGUACGCUCUCAGAGAGGCGGCCCCUCACCACUCUGAUGUGUUUCUAUGGACGCCUGAUCAAGUGCUUGCCUGGGCCUCAUCUCACACGGAUAGUUUGUCUGAGACAUCACAGCUGUUAACUAAAGCUCUCACUCAACUGAACAACUUUGAGCACAGCAAGCACGUAGAACAGCUCAACUGUGGGGUGGAUAUCCGCCGGUUCGCUUGGGACCCUCAGUACAAGACUGACUCUAUACUGGGUCUAGCCAUGUGUGAGGAGUGGGACAAGCUACAAGUGGCUCUAGACCUGGGUGCGGCUCAUGGUGUAGAGGCUUGGGAGGUUGUGUUGAACCACUUCCGAGCUCUGCUGACCUCCAACAGCCCGACUCUGACAGAGCGACUCUCCGACAACAGACUGACCUCGCUACUGAGGGAGCACUCGGACACUGUCGUCAACAGGUUUCAGGAAGUAGUGCUGCCUACUCUCAGUGGAGUCAACUACAGCCAGCUGAUCAGUUACUACACUGUACUACAAACUGUGGCUCCUGACUCUAGUGUACAUGGCAUGGUACCCAGGGAUCACAUCAAACUAAUCAAGAAAGUCAAGGCCACGUCUACAGACAUUGACUAUGUCCGGCUGGUGACGAGGCCGCAGGAUGUGAUGGAAGUGUUACGACCGUGUGUGAGACAGGAGACCAUCAACAUUCUGGCCAAGCUGCUGAAGGAGCUACUGAAGGCUCUCCCCUCACUGCAGCAGCACACCUCUGUAGGUCAGCUGUAUCUGGAGUGUGCCGUCACUGCGUACAAAGCUCAGUGUCUAAGUACGACGUGUAGAAAUCCUCUGGACCAGUUCUCCACAUUGCUGCCGUACCUUCAGAAGCUGAGUGGGACAGAGUUGCUCAACUUUAUUCGCAGAACAGUCUUCUGCCACCAGAGUGUGCUGAGGCUAGAUCCUCUGACCAGACAGGACAUGAUAGACGCAGCUCUCAGAUGUGGUCAGACACACGGCCUGAACGUUGAUCCUGAUUACAAAAUGAUACAUGCCCUCAAAGACUACAUACAGCAGGUCUGGGAUAUGGAAAAGCCAUCCUGUAAAACUUUGAAGAACUAUCUUGUCCGGCUAGAUGAAGCUUGUGGAGACACCGAGGCUGUGGGAACCGUGAUACAGACCGCUCUGGUAGAUGCUUCAUUGCCAUCGUCGGUGCUGCAGGAAAUGGCUAGACUAACGAACAAACGAACACUCAGCAGCUACGUUACUGAUCUUCUAAACUCACUACCGACCAACCCUGCUUUUAUAACGACUGUACUUCAGAGGGUUGAAGAGUGCUUAGCAGCCGGAGAGAAGGGAGAUUCAUGGAGCAUUCUGAUUGGUCCACUGACCGAGAGACCUGAACUGCCAGCCAGUGUGCGGAAACAGGCAUCUCUGCUUACCCAGAGGCUGGGAGCAACUUACAGCGAGGAGCUGGAAGCACUGAGGCUCAAGACGGAAGCGUUGCUGCGACGACCUGUCGCUCUGUCUCAAGUCUCGGACCAGAACUCGCGAUACCUUCUGUUCAAACAAGCGCUGUCGCAAAGCAACAGCUGGGACGACUUGCAUACGCUACACCUGCUGUUACUGUCAUGGCCACAUGUGGACACCAGUUGGUCUUUGGAGUUGGUUGAAGCGAUGGCUGAUUCGGAAUCCCCAAUAUCUGAAAUGUACAACACUCUGAAAAAAAUAUUCAAGAAGAAUGAAUUUGAAGAAGAGGAAGUGACUCACCUGGUGGCCAGGUUGGAGAGAGCGCAAGUUGUAGUGACCGUUUGUCUCCUGACAGAGUUCGCGCGACUCCACGACCACGCUGUGCUGAUCCUUAGGAGUGUCACGAAUGACAUAGAUUUACCAGAAGACCUUGUGAGACGUAUUGUAGAGGUAGAAGUUGUUGCGAGACUUCACAACUCACCGAUAUUCUCCAAACUUAUGGAGUCUCUACGAGAGUUGGAUACAGAGGUACAACAACAUGCAGCAAAUCAGCUGAGAACAUUGAGACUGACUGCGGAAGCUGGUUCUCUUCUAACUACCUAGCUACUGGGUCAUCUCUCUGCCUUAUUUGUUAUUGUUUUAUAAAUAUUUAUCCCUACAUAAAGGUUAUUUAUUGAAAGUUGAA